AAGCAAAAAUGAAGUUAGUUUUUAUCUUCUGUGUUUGCUUUGCAGCAGCAUUAGCUGUGCCGGCGCCCGUACCAGAUGAUGACGACCACGACCAACAUCAAUUUGAUGAUCAGCAACAAUUUCGGCGAAGAUUGCAAAGCCUGAGUUUAAGUCUAUUCGACGAUUCUGACAAACGCGCAGACCGCGACAAUAGAAGAGACCAAGACGAUAGACCAGACCACGCCGAUAGAAGAGACCUCGACAACGGAAGAGACCGCGAAGAUCGUAGAGACCGCUUACGUAACCUACAGCUCGACCACGUUGACAGGAGAGAUCUUGAUGACAAAAGGAACCGAGACGCCCUCACCAUCCAAAAGGAUUUCCAAAAGGCACGUGAUGGCAGAAUGGAUCCAGCGCUACUACAAGAUCGUGAUGACCAGCCUGAUCGCCUUCAGGAUCGUAGUAAUAACGAUGUUUUAAGGAACACGCAUAUGGACCUAAUUUCAAAGAUACUUGGUCGUCUUACAAACAAAUAUCAAGGUCAAGGUUCGCUCAAAGUUUCAUACAACCCUGUACCGUUGCAACCAGUUAUUCCGCUGCAACCUAGAGUAUACGAUUUGGGUAGCUUGAACUUUAAAUACUACGCACCUGCAUCACCUGUCUACCAUGGAACGAGCCUCUCGAGUAACGAGCCACAUGGACUUUACUUGAGAGCGCUAGAUGAAGAUCGCGCUGAUGAUGACGACGAUGACGAUGACCAGCUAUGAUGAAAAUGAAACAAGAAAUUAAAUAAACAGGACUCUUUAAUCACGCUUCAGUCUACUGGCCUUUGAUAUCGUUUAGUUAAGAUUGUUAAAUUAGAACUUCUUAUUGUUGUUAAUAAAGAGCAACUAUGUACGGCUUA